UUACCCUCUCAGCAACUGUACAUAAAGCCGGCUAGCGUCCCGAUAAUACUUGUAACUAACCAACAAAAAGUAUUUACGAAUUACACGCGUCUCAAGUGACCAAUUGGUGAAUUUAAUUAAGUAAAUAAACAAAACUUCCAAAAAUGUCGUACAAAGGCCCCCAAAAAGUGCAAAAGGUGAUGGUGCAGCCCAUCAACUUGAUUUUUAGAUAUCUACAGAACCGCUCUCGCGUCCAGGUCUGGCUUUUUGAGAACAUUAACCUCAGAAUAGAGGGACACAUUGUUGGGUUUGAUGAGUACAUGAACCUGGUGCUGGAUGACGCCGAGGAGUACUACACCAAAACCAAGGUCAGGAAGACACUCGGGAGGAUCAUGCUCAAAGGAGAUAAUAUAACUCUGAUCCAAAACACCAACCCCAAUGGAAAUUAGCCUUCGAUUAUCCAAGUAUCAUCUCCAUCAACAUCUGAUCUAUUACAGGGUCACUCAAGAGUUUAUUUUGAUUAAUACUGUGUUUAAUAUUAU